AACCAAAGCUUCUACCCGCUUCAUUUCGACCGUCAAGCAGGAGACUACUGCAGAUAAAUGGCUUGUGGAGAGCUGACAGAUUCCCAUCAGACUCAAAGGCAUCUGUUUUCAGUCAUCAGCCUUCAGGCCGACUGUAAGUAAUGAAAUGGUGGCUGUUAUUCUUUUUUAUCUGCUCUCUUUGUUGGAAUUAUGUUUUGGCUGCUUUUUUUUUGCUUCUGAAAGGAAGAAGAAACCUUUGAAGUCUUCCUUCUGUAAACCUGGUUGAAUGUGAGCGGACAACGUAAAGGUCAGUCUCAGUGGCCGGAGCCGCGUCUUUCAGCUGCUCCAUCUUUCAGCUGUUUCUAAUCAGGCCCGAUUCUUUAAAGUCACGCCCUUUUGUCUCAGCUGCAGAAUGUUGCUCAUUAUGUUUUCAUCUGCUCUGCUGGUGGGAAUGGACCUCUGCUAAAGUGGCCUCAUUCAACAGUCGAACACUGACACAUGUCCGUCUGGUCAACGCAGCCAUGUCCGAGAUCAAAACGUGGGCUUUCUGGAGGGCCGUCUUGGCCGAGCUCCUUGGUAUGAUGAUCUUCGUCUUCAUUGGCCUCUCUGCAGCCAUAGGGGACAAAUAUAACACUUAUCCAGACCAGGAGAUAAAGGUGGCAUUUGCUUUUGGCUCGGCCAUUGCUACUCUGGUCCAGUGUAUAGGUCACGUCAGCGGUGCACACCUGAAUCCUGCCGUCACCCUGGGCCUCCUGACCAGCUGCCAGACCAGCAUCCUCAGAGCCUUCUUCUACAUAAUAGCUCAGAUCUUGGGAGCAAUGGCUGGCAGUGCUAUUGUGUAUGGCAUCAGGCCAGAAAUCAUAGACUCACUCGGUUUGAACAAGCUAAAUGAUGUCAGCCCAGGUCAAGGUUUUACCAUAGAAUUCCUGCUCACCCUUCAGUUAGUGCUGUGUGUGCUCGCGGUCACUGACAAAAGACGUGACGUUGGCAGGUUUGCGCCCCUGUCUAUCGGACUGUCUGUAGGGUUAGGACACCUCGCUGGGAUCCGCUACACAGGAUGUGGAAUCAACCCGGCUCGAUCAUUUGGGCCUGCAGUUAUCCUGAAGUCAUUUGACGAUCAUUGGGUGUACUGGGCAGGACCGAUGAGCGCUGCUGUGGUUGCAGCUCUUCUGUACAACUUUGUGCUCACAUCCACAGACGUAACCCUGAAUAAAAAAUCUCGGGCCUUGCUCUGCGAAAGCCUCUCUUCAGAGAAUGAGUUCCAUGAACAUGUUGAAGAUGUUAAAUGGUCAAAAGAACCAGGAGUCUGAGCAGACACUUGUUCUGUACUUGUAUGCUAAAUGAAUGCCAUAAAAUACUUUUUUUUCCAAAAUUAAGAGUUUGAGUUUGUGAAAAAUUAAACCCCUUUGCCCACA